ACACAACAAACUCCAUUCUGCAAAACGUGAGUGAAUGUAGUCUGCAUAGUGAGUGAGCUGCACGUCUUCUGCGAGCAACUCCUCGAUCUUGGUGAAGAAAAAAGGUCUUUUUGGACGCAAUUUCUUCGAGAGUGACCAGAUCAAAUCAGACAUGGAUGCUAUACGUAGAGAUGUUGCCAAGCUGAGGGAACGCUAUAAGGUCCUCCAGCAGCAGCAGUUUACAUUCAUCAAUGCAUUGGCCAACACCAGGACAGAUGCGUAUGAGAAAACCAAACCAGUCAGGUCCAUCAAUCAUGUCAAAGAACUGUUUGAGCGUAGCCGCAAUGCCACUGACCGCCGGGCCAUGAAGCAAUGGUUAGAUCUGGUAGGAGAGCUGACAAACAUUGUAAUGCGUAUUUCCAACGUGAAUCCUGAUGUGAUCAAGGAGGGGCCGGCCAAUCAGGCCAUGGCCCGAGGCAGGACAUUACUCAACCCAUCCAACGAAUUCUCAUCUCUAAGAGCUGGAUACCCUCAUCAGGAGGUAAACCAUCUAAGCUGCUCCGAGGCCCGUGUCCUUUAUGGAGGCUGCGUCAGUAUAGUCCCUCUAGUGUUAGACAACUUACUCAAAGUAUACAGUGUCAUCAAAGAGAACGGCAAAGAGCUAAAAGAAACAUGGCCCCCUGCACAGACACAGAGACCUCGGAGUAUACAGAGUGCAAGGCAUCAAAGAUCUAAAACAGAAACCCAAGCCCCAUCAAGAGCAAAGACUGCCGUUGGUACAAGGAAUGCCCGCGACAUCUGCGAGAAGAGCACUGACACCAAGGAUCUAACGAAACGCAUGCUCAAGCUCUCUUUCGGCAAGAUGCCUAAAGGUCACGACGAGAACACGCUCUUCUACAGACGGACACUCAAUGGACGCGCGGACAAGCUGCACAUCAAUGGUGAGAUCACGCUGGACAAGGGUCCCUGGAGAGGCGGGUCUUACGAUAAGACCAACCAUGUCGAUCACAGGAGAUUUGUUAAUCUAGAAGAUAAGUUUUACUGAGUUGUGUGAUGUGUGUAUAGGCAGGCUUCUCGGCAGGAAAAUAUCUACCCUUGGUCCAAACUGAUUGAAAUAUAUGGUCUUGUUACAUCCCAGGGGGUGCUACAUGUAGGACCAUAGUAAUUUCGCAGGUUGAAUGCAUCCACAUAUUUUUGUUAUACUAUUGCUGGCACCUUGGCUGGGGAGAAUCAAACCUUGGCAGUGCCAUUGAUUAGGAGAGUUUGGUCAACCCAGUUCGAGUUGGGCACAAUAUGGGCAAUACUGCAGUGUUGGGAAAGCAC